CAAACCAUAACAUCAAUGAGUCUCAUAAAACGGCACAUACUAUAGCAGAGGUUCUUCAUUACACUAGUAUUGGUAUUCUUUGCAUAUUUGCAAUUGAAAUUAUUUUCAAAGUCUAUGUCUUUCGCACUGAAUAUCUAAAACAUAAGUCAGAAAUAUUUGAUGCAUUUAUUGUCAUCACAUCAUUGACUCUGGACUUAAUUUUCAUCAAACAUGAAGACAUUCUUAGAUAUAUUGGUUUAGUUAUUAUAUUACGAUUGUGGAGAAUUGUUAGAGUAAUUCAUGGGAUCGCAAUAUCAGUAAAGACUCCGUUAGAACACAGCUAUGAAAAGGAAAAGAGAAUGAGAGAGAAGUUGUCGAAAGAAUUGGCAGAAAUGCAUCUCUACGUCAACUCAUUGGAGAUCGAAAUCAUGAAUUUGCGGUCAAUUCUCAAGAAUAAUGGUAUCGUUGAAGGAGUGCCACAAACUUAUCUUAAAAUUGAUCGAAAGGUCUGAUCA